UAGCCGUCGGUGUGUGUUGUUGUUGAAGCAAUGAUGGCGGCGGCAGCGGGAUGCGGAUCAGCAACCGCGGCUGCCGUAGGAGGCCAAGGUGGAACUGCUACGGCCAGAGGUCGUUUCCCCGGUCGGCCUUGGUCUUCGCGCAGUCGUUUGCGCUCUGAGAAGCGAUGGCAACUCGGGCGAUCAAGCUCAGAAACUGAUGAUGUGACUAACGGAGGGCCAAGGCCCGCAAACCUGGCUCUUUCGUUAAACGAAGACCAGUCGCACUUGCGUCUACUCGGGAUAGAGGCAAGCCACAAGAUCCUCGGCCAGGCUGGAUAUAGCUCUAGUACAAGUGAAGAGGGUGAUGACUUCAAAGGAUUUGAAGCUGACAAAAGAAAUGCUGCAGAAUCUGUGAUGUCGCAAAAAAAUUCUUCCAAAGUCAAUGCUGUCAGCACAAAAUCUAGGAGAAAAAGUGAGAAGCCACCACAAAAAGUGCCAGCAGUUGAUGAGGCUGUCCCACCUGAUCCUGUAAAAGAAGUGAAAGCUCCGGAGGAAAUACACGACAUAUCUAUUGAAACAAAACCAGCGAAGGAUUUGAAGAAAACUCCAAAAGGAAAAAACACUAUGGACCAAGGGUCAGCCAAGAGCAGAGCUUCAGCAGCAGCACCGAGGAUUACAAUAAAGUUGGUGGCCAAAAAGAAAGUGAAAACUAUAAAGGAGCCCCAGAAAAAGGCAGAUAAAAAGUUGAAAUUGAAAGAUGUGCAGGACCAGCCCGAUGUUAAGGACAUUCAGGGUGAUCAGAUUUUAAGCGCUCACAUCAAGUUAAAAACCGAAUCUUAUGACGAUGAGCUCAACACUGGGGACAAAGGAGUGCCGACCAUACCUACGAGGAGGCGUGGGAGAUCUGCUGUUAAGGUAGCAGAACCUGUAAGUCAGACUACUGCCAAAGUUGUGGUUGAUGACCAAAAAUCAAAAGAGAAGGAACUGACCAAGGUUAAGGACAGCGGAUCUGUAGAGCAGAAACUGAACUCAAAAGACUUAAAGAAAAAGCAAGUAGCCCCACUGCAGGGUUCUGAGGUUAAAAAAGUGACUCGUAGAAGCACAAGAGUUGCUAACGAACUCUCUAAUAACUUAACGGACAGUGUACCUGAAACAGAAAGUCUGACUAAACCCGCUGCUGUUCUGGAUGAGCUCAAGUCAGAAGUUUCACAAAAGGCUGAGGCCAAACCAGUGGUGAGGAGAGAAGGUCGAAGGCAAAGCAAAAGGCUAAAUAAAGAUAUUACAGUGCCAGAAAACCAAGGCUCAUUAGCCACAGAAUCUGAAAACUUACUUACACAUGCCAGUGAAAAUUUGCCUGUUAAAACUGAGGAAAUGAGGGUCCCAAGCAUAAAAUUAAUAAAGACCAGAAAUCCUAAAUAUGAUGCACAGGCCAGCGGGAAAGCUUCAUCUCGAAAGAAAAAACGGAGAAAAUAUAUUUGGACUUUAGCCUUAGUCAAAAUUGGAAGUCAAACCCCACGGGCAGAAGAUACCAUCAAGGUACAAACAGAGACUGUGAGCCAAGUGGCUAAGACCCCACCUAGUGACACCGGUGUAAAGAAGAUCACAAAGGGACGAGGUAGAAAAUCAAAACAGGAAUGUGCAGCCCCACUGGAAAGCAUGCAAAAUGUUGAAAAGGAUCCCCAAAGCAUGCCUGAUUCGGAAACAUCAAGUGUACAAGUGCAGCCUGAAGCAGAUCCUACGCCUGAAACUCCCACUCAAGAAAUCACUAAAGCAGAUUGCGGGAAGGUACCACCUCUUCAGAUUAAAAAGGUUUCAUCUCCUGGCAAACAUAAAAGCUCAAAGCCGUCUUUUCUGAUUCAGCAGGUUAGCCCGGUGCCUGAAAACAAAGAGGAAAACCUGAAAGAUCCACCAGAGGUGCAAGAGGAUAAGUCUUCUCUACAGGACACAGAGACCACUCCUUCUAGAAGGCUAAGAAGAAGGACGUCAAGCCUCGAGUCUCCACAGAAGAAUUCUGGCAGCAACAAACCUGCGACCACUCGGAAACGAAGGCUAAGGAAAAGUCCCCAAGAAGAAGAAAAGCCGCAAGUGGAAGCUGAAGUUCCCUCUCAGGUUUCUACUGAGGAGUCCGCUCCUCAAAUUCUUCCAAUAAACUCAUGUCCUAAUUUAGUCGAAGACCCACCACAGGUGACCAGUUUAAACUCCUCCGAAGUUCUUGAAAAGGAAAGUCCAAAGGCCGCCGACACUCCCUCACAAACAGCAGAUGAAGUCUGCUCACAGUCAUUGGAGAACAAAUUAGAACCACAGAUUGAAGAGGCCAAACCAUUGCCUGUGCCUUCCAAACCCAGAAAACCUAGAAAUAAUAAACAAGCAAAGAAGAAGAAGUCUGUUAAAAAGCAGAAGGCUGAGAAGGCUGUUGUUUUGCCUGACACCACACCAGAUGCAGUCCCUGACAAGGUUGACUUUAUUAACAUGGAGCCUAUUCAUAUGGAAAGUGUUGAGCCUGUAGCUGAAGAGGUGAGCCAGGUAGUUGAGGAGAGAGCAGAACCAGAAUCUGAGACCAAACAGGAGCCUGUUCUUGUAGAAGAAAAAGAAAAGGAGAUACAACCAACGGUAAAAGAGGAACCAGACAUGCAGUCUAUAGACAGUCAGCAAUUGGGAGAAGGUCAGCAAUUGGGGGAAGAUCAAAAAUUGGGGGAAGGUCAAAAAUUGGGGGAAGGUCAACAACUGGGGGAUGGUCAGCAAAUGGGGGAAGAUCAGCAAUUGGAGGAAAGCCAGAUGUUGGGGGACAAUGAGAUGUUGGGGGAACAUCAGCAGUUGUUGGACACUGAGAAGAUUGUGGACAGUCAGCAGCCAGUGGUCACCUCAGAUCAAACAGGUGAACUAAUAUCAUCCAAGAAAUCUUCCAGAAAGCUAAAAAAGAAACGCAAAUCCUUAAUUGGCCAACGCCAAAAGCACAGGCACAGAGGCAGAGAUGGAAAGUUUGCCCCUCUUAAAUCCCCUGAAGGUGAAAGUACUUUUGACACUGAUGAUGACCCUUCUCUGCUGCUGGCGGCUCCCGUCCCAUCCCCAGGGUCUACACUCAUCGGAGUACAGAAAAAGUACAAAAAGAAGCACACAAGCCUGCCUUUUGUUGGAUCUAAGAAGUCCAAAUCCCAGUCUAAAAUCAUUUCCCACCUGAUUGAAAUGGGAAUGGAGAAAGAUAACUUGAAGCAAGAAGAAGCAGACACUCCAGUGGACUCGGGACAGCCGGAUGUUGUUAGUGUUCAGCCUUGCAAGUCAAAGUUUGUAAAAAACAUCAAGCACUUCAUUAUGCCUGUUGUAAGUGCAAGAUCCUCUCGAGUGAUCAAGACCCCACAGAGGUUCAUGGAUGAUGUUGGGAUGUCCGUGUUGCCUCGAAGGCACUCUCCGAAGAAGGGUUUGCAGCUUGGCCUGAACAUUCGUCCGGGGAAGAGGCGAGACGAUGGGGCAGAAAGGCCGUUGUCUCCCAUCUUUCCAAUUGAUGACGAGGAUAUUUUGAGUGAAGCUCAGCUGGAUGUUGAUCUGUUUUCAGCUCAGGACCUGGAGGACAGCAUCGACUUGGCCGAUAGCCUGUUUUUUGACUGUAAGAGUGAGAAAAAUGAAAAGAAGAAGCCUUCCCUGAAGAACUCGAGCUUCAAGUGGAAUCUCUCUGAAGAUUCCUGCGAGGAGUUAUAUACACUGGAUAAAGCCCCAGAGAGCAAAAGUGAGAAUCUGUUUUUAUCUCCCCCAGCGGAUAAGCUCCCAGAACCAUCGUCGGACCUCUUGGACGUUCUGAAAAAGAAGAGUCCACCCAAAUUUACCAAGCAGGCGGCUCACCUGAAGAUUUAUCAGAGGCUGAAGAAGCCCGUUUUGGGACUUCCAAAAAGCAAAAUCACACAAGAGCUCGAGCCUGUGAGUAAACCCGCUCUGCCUCCGGUUGAUUUAGCCGAGGGACUCGACGACGAGGUCAUGAGCAUCAGUCUGAGACAGCGGGACACAGGCGCAGACAAGGAAAAGUCCAAGAUCAAGAUCGAAGACCUGGAUAGUCCAGGAGUGGUGAGAAAGGUUUCCGUCAGUCUUCGGUCUCCUAAUUCUGUUGCAUUGAAGCCAUGCACAGAAGGAGCAUUGGCAGUGAAAGACACUGCCCUGCGGGACUCAAAAGCGCCGUCGUCGGUACAGAAGUCAGGCGCAGUCGAAGGCGUUCCUCUUGGGCACAUAGAGAAGGGAGCGCCACAAAGGGCACGCCUCACUAGUGCAAAUAAAAAAAUGUUGAAUCUUCUCAGGAAAGCAAAGGUUCAACUUAUUAAAAUCGACCAGCAGAAACAACUCAAGUCUUCUGGGCUGUUAUCCGGUCCUGCUGGCUCCAGAUCUCAAGAAAUCGCUUUUAAAAGACAGAGGAGGAAGCAGAGGGCGCAAGUUCCUCGUACCGAGGUUCCUGUCAAGACCGAGCAAGUUCAAGGACAACCGCAGCUCAUCUCCCCACUGUGCCAGGAGUUUCGCCGAGCAGGAGGUCCGCGGAUCAAGCACGUGUGUCGCGCCGCCUCCGUGGUACUGGGCCAGCCCCGAGCCAUGGUCGCCGACGACAUUCCCCGACUAAGUGCCUUGCCUCUGCAUGAAAGAUCUGGCAUCUCCCCAUCUGCUAUCACUAAAGAUAUUGGGUCUCCAUCAGAGUCAGACAGCCCAAGCCUGGCGGAUCCAAAGGCAAUAAAGUCGAAAAAACCGUCCAGUUUCGCAAAGAAGAAGGGGCUCGGGCCAUUCGGGUACCGCUCUCGAAGGUGUGGCGUUUGCAAAGGCUGCAACCACGAAGACGACUGUGGGAAGUGCAUCAACUGUCUUGACAAGCCUAAGUUUGGCGGCCCCAACACCAAGCGGCAGUGUUGUGUGUAUAAGAGGUGUGAUCAGAUUGAAGAGAGGAAAGCACGAAGACUCAGUGGCAGAGUGGCUCCUAAAAGUUCGUCUAAGCGGAGGCGGUCAUCUCUCAGCGGGGGGUAUUCAAGCAAUGAUGAAGGGAACGAGGGCGGCGGGGACUCGCCAUCUGGUCCCAACACAGACGGCCACAGUCCGUCAGUAAGGAAGCAGCCAAAGCGUGUGGUGAAGCCUCGAGUCUAUUUUGACCUGGUGGAUUAUGACUCUGAUCUCGACGACAAAGCUUUAUCUAGCUCUGCCUCACCAGCAAGGAGGAGGGGAGCUGGACCGCGCUUCAACCAAGACUUUGUCUCCCUGGAUGGAUUCUUCGAAGACUUUUCGGAUGAUGAAGUCAGACACCGUAAAUCCAGUUCACAUCGGGUACCGCAGGUUCGACGGAAACCUGAGAAGGCUCUUUCAUCUCAGGCUCCCUUGGAGCAGACUCCUCCCAGUGUCCUGGCUGCCCUUGCUCACGGAUUUGAACAGCGAGAAGUCGAGUCUUCUAAACCAAGUCACAAAAUCAGAGUGGACUUUAAGGAGGACUGUACCUUGGAGAACGUCUGGAAUAUGGGCGGUUUAAGUAUAUUGACCUCUGCACCUGUCAUGCCUCCCUACGUCUGCUUCCUUUGUGCCAGUAAAGGACAACAUGAGAUGUUGUACUGCCAAGUAUGCUGUGAACCCUUCCACCAGUUUUGCCUUGAACCCGCGGAUCGCCCUUCGGAGGAGAAUAAGGAAAAUUGGUGCUGUAGGCGCUGCAAGUUCUGCCACGUGUGUGGAGGGAAGAACAAACUCUCCAAGCCUUUACUGGAGUGUGAUCGAUGCCAGAACUGUUAUCAUGCUUCCUGUUUGGGACCGAAUUAUCCCAAGCAAAACAAGAAGAGAAAGGCCUGGGUUUGUACAACUUGCAUCCGAUGCAAAAGCUGCGGUGUGACACCAGGAAAGACCUGGGAUACUGACUGGAACCAUGACAAGGGCCUCUGUCCAGACUGUUCAAACCUCUUCGACCAGGGUAAUUACUGUCCAAUCUGCUUCAAGUGUUACGAAGACAACGACUACGAUAGUCAGAUGAUGCAGUGCGGCUCCUGUAACCACUGGGUACACGCCAAGUGUGAGGAUCUAACAGACGAGCUGUACGAGAUCCUGUCCAGCCUUCCAGAAAGCGUGGUGUAUUCCUGCCGACCGUGCAGCGUUACCCAGCCCAGCGCCUGGAGGGAGCUGCUGUACAUUGAGCUCCGAGCCGGCGUGGAGAAGGUGUUGGCUUGCCUGCUCUCCUCUACUCUCACCCAGCACCUGGUCACAUGCACUCAGUGUGAAAAGUGGGUUGACCCUGACAGUGGAGUUGAAAACCAGCCGGCCUGUGACCUCAGAGCCGUCGGCAAAAAGUUUGACAAAGGCCUGUACACCACGCUGAAAAUGUUCCACGAAGAUGUGGUUCAGGUGAUACGAAAAAGGCUGGAGCAAGAAGACCACCUCCCAGAGGAGAAACGACCCACAGCCCUGGCGCGCUCUUACUACCUGAAGCUCCUUGAAGAGGUGUUUAACUGGUUCAACAGCCAAGACCCAAAGUUGUGGAACCUUUCUACCAAAGACGUGCCAGCAGGGAUGCUGUCGACGGCUGUUCACCCUCCCACGACAGAGCAUGUUUAUGCCCAGUGGCAGGAGAGGAAGGAGUCUAGGCCUCCGCUGGGCCUCCUUCAGGAUGACAACGGACAGCAAAGCUUGGACAUAAAGGAGGAGGAGGCAGCUACCCCCACGUCAGGGGACUCGGCAAGCCAAAACCAUUUCAAAAAUAGCCGAGCAGCCAAGCUCAAAGGGAAGAGAGGUAGACUUUCAAAAGCUGACUUGGACACAGGGUGGUCGAAAGAUGACGAAAGGCAGUGCUCUCUGUGCCAAAAAUAUGGAGACCUCAAACCCAAUGAAGCUGGCAGGCUGCUCUACCUGGGCCAGAAUGAGUGGGCCCAUGUCAACUGCUGUUUAUGGUCUGCUGAGGUAUUUGAAGAAGAUAAUGGCUCUCUGCUGCAUGUGCACAGCGCUGUGACAAGGGGGCGAUUGAUGCGGUGUGAGCGCUGUAAUCAGACCGGUGCCACAGUGGGCUGCUGCCUGACGUCAUGUCAAAGCAACUACCAUUUCAUGUGUGCGCGCUCGCGGCAGUGUGUGUUCCAGGAUGAUAAAAAGGUCUAUUGCCACAAACAUCGACAUCUCAUCACCGGCAGGAUGAUAACUGGUCAAGAGUUUGAAGUGAACCGUAGAGUCUAUGUGGAUUUUGAAGGGAUCAGCCUUCGCAGAAAGUUCCUGACUGGAUUAGAACCCGAACUGAUCAAUGUGAUGAUUGGUUCUCUGCAGAUUGACGAGUUGGGUAUGCUGUCUGAACUGUCUGCCAACAAAGGCAAACUGUUUCCUGUCGGUUUUCAGUGCUCUCGGUGGUACUGGAGUACGUUGAACCCUCUGCGACGGUGCAGAUACACGUGUAAAAUUCGGGAGGUCCGGCCUGUCGUACCAGAGAAGCCUGUUGAGGAAAUGCCUGACCAAGGGGACAACCACACUAUUGCUCACAGCCCACGUCAGCUGCCUGAGUGUGCAGCCCAAGAGGUUGAGGAAACAGAAGCCCACCCCCCUGCAGAGGAGUCUCUUGUUCCAGGUCUUCCCACAAAGUCUGAUCAGGGUGCAAAACCAAAAGUUCCCAAUCAUCCCCUUCAUCGGAGGCCAGCUGGAGGAUUGUCCCGUCCUCUGCCAAGCCCAGGUGUAAUCCAGACUAAACCUCACCACAUCCUGACCAUUAGUGAUCUGGAAGAGACACGAAGAGCUCGCCGUCACAGCCCACACUCACAGACCCCGUCCCUAAGGAGUCACAUGCCCCCCCCUCCCGUGGCUUCAUUAACUGGACCCAUUACCCUCCGUGCUGGGAAAUCUGCCCACCCCACCUCCCCGUUGUUUCCGCUUGGUGUUUCAGAUAACCUGAUGAACUCAACCCGCUCAGUUGGAGGAAGAAACGCUCCCUCGGUCCGCUCCACUUCAUUCUUCCCUCAGUCUCACUGGCAGGACAACACAGCCUCCACCCAGCAGUUACCCAGAAACCGCCUGUCGUUUGAUCUGAGUGGUUCAGACUCGGUUGAGGUGCCGCACAACUUUUUAGCUUCGCCGGAGCCCGAGGACGUCUCUCCGACCAACGGCGCUUCGCCCCACGGAGAUUUAGACAAAAACGACGACCAGUUCCCCUACGGCUCCUUUCACCGAGAUUCCAGUAUGAGUCUGGGUGAAGAGAUGCGGACAGAACUGGAGAUUGAAGAAACGCUUCUGAACGAAGGAGUGGCUAUGAACUGCGGGGGGCAGAUAGUGGUCGAAGGCGACGAUUCAGAGCAGUUUUGGGGGAGAACCAAAGAAGUACACAAGAGGAAACCCCUCGUUCCAAAUCUUCCACGUUCUGCUGCCUCAGCAAAGGAAGACCUGGGAAGCACCUCUUCGGAUGAUGAUAUGGAGCACUAUUUAAACUUCUCACGAACUGUAGUCAGCUGCCCGGUGUCCAAAGAUCGAUCCAAGUCUCCUUCCUCUUCUUCUUCUACCCGGCCCUUGGCUCAGCUGGACGGGAUAGAUGAUGGUACUGAGAGUGAUGCGAGUGUAGCAGCCACUGAUGAUGCCCAGAAAGUCGAAGGACCCGGGAAAAAUCAGAUACAAGGAAAAACCUCUAACAGUAAAAAUCCUCCUAAAAUUAUUAACAGCUCAAGAUUAGCUAAUCUGUCAUUUGACAAUAAGCCAUCAGAACCUUCAGUUGCCAGAAAAAGUACGACUGAUAAUCCCACCCCACGUCCACCGCUGUCCUGUGACACCUCAAGCACUCCUUCAGUAGAUCGAGAAUCUGUACUUCCUUCUCCAGUUGUUGAGUCUCUUCCAAACUUGCUCACUAAGGUGCCUGGGACGUCAUAUUCAGAGGAGUUGUUGUCCGGUUCCAGUUUAGGUUUUGCCUCUGAGGCGCCUCUUGUACUUGAGAAAUGCGAGGGCAGCUCAAGUUUUACCGAACUACUUCCGGUUUUGCAAGAAACUGAAAAUCAAGAGGCUGAAACCUCUAAAGUCCAGAACUCUGAGUCUGAAGGUCACAACUUGGCUUCCUCAGCUGAGGGCUCUGCUGUUUUGAUGAACCACAUGGCGUCUAAUCUGCUGGAUUCAGCUGAGAAUAACCAGAGCCCCAUGCUAGGGCUCCUCCAGCCCUCCCCGUUUUUGUCUACCGACGCUCAAAACCCCUCGCAGUGUCUUGUAGAUUCUCUUGAGGUGUAUUCUUGUUUACAGGAUUUCAGUCAACCUCCUCUGACCAGUAUCACACUUCAGCCCGUGACGAUACCUCAAGAAUCCCCCAGCUUCCCGUGCAUCGAACCUUUGUCCGCUAAGCUAACGACCCUCACUCCUGUAGAAGCUAUUAGCCAAACGCAGCUAAGCGACCCUCAGAGUGACCCAGCACUACCGGUCGCGUUAGGUGCUGGUUCCCCAUCUGAAACCUGUGCAGCUCUGUUUCCCACUCAAACACAGCCAUUCAGUUCUGCCACUGCUGUCUCUUCCUCUGGUUCUGUAUCGACUCUUCCCGGCCUGCAGAGUUCAGCCGCCGCACCGCCGCUGCAGACCACCUCCGCUCCUGUAGUCCUAAACGGUUUCAGCUCCUCCUCCGUGCAGAAGGAAGCCACGCCCAGUCACACCAUCUCCAUCAACUUCUCCACUCCAAGGCCAGCCAUCGAACCCCACCAGCAGGUGUUGCCCCAGGCGUUACCGGGCCACGCCAUCCUCACAGUGAAGGAGGUAGGCGGUCCGAACGUCGAUCCCACUCCUCACGUGCUGCUGGUCAACCGCCUUGGGCAGAUCUUCGUGAAGAACCCCGAGAGCAACACCUUCCAGCUGCCCACCCCUCUCUCCCCGUCAUUUAACUGCGUCACCCAGAUCGCCAGCCUUUUGCAGAGCAAUGCUCUUUCAGCCACGCUGGCCGCAGCCGGGAGCAUGACGGCUCCGCCAGCCGCCGCCAGCGUGACGUCAGUCCCUGCUCCCUCCACGCCUGCAGCUCAGAACCCGGCCACCGUCACACAGCUGCUCGCUCACAACACCAACGGCCCCGUGGCCUCUGCAAAUUCGAAAAAGUCCAGAAAAAACACAAAAACUCCAAAAGACGAAACGGUCUCGGAGCUGAAAAAACCAAAGAAGAAGAAAGAGUCAGGUUCAUCCAGAAAAUCCAAGUCCUCCAAGGCUGCAGGACAGCCUGCCUUGUCCACUGAAAACGUCCCGGCGAGUCCUGCCGAGAGCGCCCAGGCCAUCAUCAACCAAGCGAUGGCGAGCAACUACACCCCCAAGUGGAGCGGGCUCCGGACAAUGAGUCCAUCGUCGCUGGUUUUACCUCCCGGCCUUCUAAUUGAACCCGAGCCUCCGGUGUCGCCACGUUCUCCCUCACCACCAGCCCCGCCGCCUCCGGUGCCCCCGCCUCCGGCGCCUCGCCCUCGCUCUCACGUUCGCAUGAAGAGGGUGUCUUCGCUCUCGGACCGCAUCGUCACAAAGAAGUGUAAAGUCGACUUCUUACCACCUGAGAGCGUCAGUGAAAAGGAGGAGCCCAGGAAGCCGGCUUUUCCAAGCGCGUCCAGCAGAGCCUCGGGGGUACGCAUCAAAACCCCGACCGUGAAGGGGGUCCUGAACGUGGAUGAGCUGAAGGACGAGCACAUGAGUGAUUCUGAUAGCUCUGGGUCUGAGCCCAGGAGCUUCUUGUCUCAGGGUGAACCAGGAAAACAGCAAGCAAGGGAGGCGGUGGGUCACAUGAACCUGACCGACUGGAAGAAAUACUCAGGCUCUGCUUCCACAUCAGAUGAGGAACCGACACCAUCUGAUGAUGACGAGGGAUGUCCAACAAACAAAGACCAGCCACAUCUGCGGUUUGAGAUUACCAGUGACGAUGGUUUUAGUGUGGAGGCAGACAGCGUAGAAGUGGCCUGGAAAGCAGUGGUUGAUGGUGUGCAGGAAGCCCGAGCAAUCGCAAGACUCCGGCCCCUGACUUUUCAGAAAAUCACAGGGGCCCGCAUGCUGGGGCUGGUCCACGACGCCAUCGUGUUUUUGCUGGAGCAACUUGAAGGAGCCCACCGCUGUCAGCGACAUACUUUCCGUUUCUUCAAACAGUUCAACCAGGAAGACGACCUGCCCGUCAAUCCGACCGGCUGCGCCCGCUCUGAGCUUUACGUCAGGAAGUCUACAUUUGACAUGUUCAACUUCCUGGCUUCUCAGCACAGACAGCUUCCCGACAUCGGCCCAUAUGAUGAUGAGGAAGAUGAAGUACUUCUGAAGUCCACAAGACGGGCUACCAGCUUGGAGCUGCCAAUGGCCAUGCGUUUCAGACACCUGGAAAGGACGUCCAAGGAGGCGGUUGGAGUCUACAGGUCUGCGAUCCACGGGCGCGGUCUGUUCUGCAAAAGGAACAUCGAAGCUGGGGAGAUGGUCAUCGAGUAUGCCGGCAUCGUCAUCCGCUCGGUGCUCACCGACAAAAGAGAGAAGUACUACGACGGCAAGGGCAUCGGCUGCUACAUGUUCCGCAUCGACGACUUCGACGUGGUGGACGCGACCAUGCACGGCAACGCGGCCAGGUUCAUCAACCACUCCUGCGAACCCAACUGCUACUCGCGCGUGAUCAACGUGGAAGGCCGGAAGCACAUCGUCAUCUUCGCACUCCGAAAAAUCUACCGGGGCGAGGAACUCACCUACGACUACAAGUUCCCCAUCGAGGACGCCAGCAACAAGCUCAACUGCAACUGCGGGGCCCGGCGAUGCCGGCGCUUCCUCAACUGACGACUCGGUGGGAUGUCAAGAGAGUUGAGGAUCUUUGGUCACUAAGUAGGCCUUAAAAUGAAUGUGGCGAGCAGUGGUCUGCACAGCCUGGAGCGAGGAUAAACCACUAUGACGCUGGCCGGAUACACGUGGCUGGUCAGGAAUAAAUUCCGGGAAUUAAUGUGGCUUGGAAAGUAAGGAAAAUCCAACUUUUGGGACGUCUCCUGACUCGCAUUUCCACAGUAUGCUUUCUUUUGUUAUGAGGAUUAUUUUAUUUGGGUGAGGAACCUCCACAUGUUCGACUGCUGCAGCAGUUGGAAAGGAAGUGGUUUUUGAUAUUUAUAACUCGACGUUAAAAGCAGAAACAGAGUUUCUCCAUUUUAAAUGGAGGAUGCCAACACUCACCAAGCCUUAUGUGUUUGAAGCAUUGCUGAAAAUCUGUCAAUAGCUACAUUUUGGUUCCUGAUGAGUUUUGGGAUUCAUCACCCAGUCGUACUCGCAUGUUCACCAUUGCUCCAUUCAGUUUUUUUUUUCUUUUUUUUUGGUGGUGGGUGCGUUAUAUCCCCAUCUGUGCAGUGGUGAUGUCUGUUUUCUUGAGCCAUACAUUCACCCAAUCUUGUAUUUAUGUGUUUUAAUUUACUUACAAUCAACAUUUUUCUUUUUUUCUUUUUUUUUUUUCUAGAUGUAAAUUUUGUUUAUAACUAAACAACCAUGGUGCUAAAGCUUUGAAAGCUUUCUUUUUCUUUAGUUGGACUAAAAUGUCUUGAGAAUCAGGAAUUGUUUCGCUGUACAUUUUACUUUCCCUGCUGAGAUCACGAACGUUAAACUUAUGCACUCAAGCAUUACUCCUAAAAAUCACUUGUGUGCCGAGAUUUUCUGAUCAUCGUCAAUCAUCAGCUCGUCUCCAUCCACUCUCAUCCAGUGUUCAGUUUUAAAUCGGAUGUCGUAAUGUGCUGGUGAUAAUAGUGUCAUAAAUAUAAAGACAAAAAGCGCGUCUCAAAAAAGGCGGCGAAUUUGCUCUGCGUAUGUAGCAAACACUACCCAAGCCAAAAGCGAAGAUUUGUGGAGGGAAGAACUUUUUUUAAAGUAUAUAUUUUAUUCUCUUUUAUUCUUUAUCUGAUGCUUUUUUUUUUUUUUUUUGGUCCUACUGCAAUAAAGACUUGGCAGCCCGGCGCUUGCACACGAAUAAACAUCACCAUCAAAACAUCACCUUCUUCUUUCUGAGACCUGCUACAGUUUGUCUAGAAGUGGAGGGGAGCACUGGGGAUGAAAGCAUUGCUACUGAGCGCGUGCGUUCGGCUCCGGUCAGUCGGUCGGCACGGAGCUGAUGAGGGGAGGAGGGAGCAUUCGGCACCUUUAAAAUUGAAAAAGAAAAAAAAAAAGUUCAAUGUUGUAAGUGUUCAGUGCUGUUAAUGACUAGGCUAAAACAAAAUCACGCUGUUCGGCUUGUUAAUCGUAUUUAUUCACCUUUUGAUUUGUGUUUUUAAUGGUGAAAGGUUGUGCUGUGUAUAAAGCAGUGGCGGUCGAGUGUACUGAUAAGAGUUCUCCCUCUUUUGUAUAUUGUUUUUUUUUUUUUUGUUUGUUUACAGAUUAUGUCCUGUGUUUCAUUUAUUUACUUGAAUUUUCAUUUCAGGCAGUUGUGUCAUACAUUUAGGCCUUUUAUGACUUCCUGAAACAGCUUUUCUUUCUUUCUUUUUUAAAAAGAAGCAKUUUUAUUCAAUUUAUUUUUUUAUUGUAGAAUACUGCCUAUCUUAGCAUCAGCCAGAGUUAAAAGCGAGCACUGUUUGCCUGUUGGAAACCCAUUCUUCUUUCCCCACCUUUCCUGUUUUAGAGUCUCAGAGGAGCAGAUUUCCAUCAUGUUUUCUCAUUCGCAUGACAGGAUGCGAUACUGGGUGGGAGCCCCAGAUGAGCAGAGUCAGUCCUAACUCCUUUGCAAGGAUUUCUACCUCAGCUGCUUAAACAGAUGUUUGGGAAUACUGAUGCAAAAAGAGACUUUGAUUUAAAAACUAAAAAAAGCUCGAUUUUAAUAAUCUUGUAUGUGCGUGCGUGUGUAUAUAUUGUGUUUUUCUUUUCUUUUCGUUUUUUCUGUGUGCAUGGAAUGAAGGCUGCAGAAGCACUAGUUAAAUGCAGAAGUUAUGACCAUCUCUCCCAGGAUCUGUUAAGAAAGCUGUAUGUUAUAUAUACACACCUAUAUAAAUAUAUAUAUAUAUAUAAUAUACAUAUAUAUAAUAAAUAUAUAAAAUAGGGUUAUUUUAAAGUGUAAAAGACAAAUGAAAAAAAUGUCCUCUUUAAAUUUACGUCUUUGUUACCAUGUACAAAUAAACCCUGAGUUUGUAAAUAUUUGUAUAUACAUUUCUAAACCUGUUUAAUUUUCUAUGCACUUUUUUUAUUUAUAAUGUUACUUGCUUAAUAAAGAUGUUAAGAUGUUUGAACAUAUUUUAAUUGUUUAUUGUAACAAGUCAGUAUGAUGCUGCAAAAACAUAAAGGUAAUGGAGUGGAAAUGGUA